GUUCCGGGCGAAAAGCAAAAUAUUACACAGGGUGUAAACAUGACAGUGUCGCACAGGUAGAGCAAUGCAAAAAUGGUCUUCGAAAGCCUUGUUGUCGACGUCCUCAACCGGUUUUUGGGUGACUACGUUGUCAACCUUGACAGCUCGCAGUUAAAGCUUGGUAUUUGGGGAGGUGAUGCAGUUUUAAAAAGUCUUGAAAUAAAAGAAAAUGCUUUGAGCGAACUUGACAUUCCUUUUAAAGUAAAAGCUGGCCACAUAGGGCGCCUUGAGCUCAAGAUUCCAUGGAAAAAUCUUUACACUCAGUCAGUGGAGGCCACACUAGAUGGCGUCUACUUACUUAUAGUUCCCACAGCCAGUAUAAAAUACGAUGCAGAAAAAGAGGAGAAGCAGCUACAAGAAGCUCGUCAAAGGGAACUGCAGCGGAUAGAAGAUACGAAGAGAAAAGCUGCUGAACAAGAUGAUCCUCAACAGGAGAAGCAGGACUCAUUUAUGGAAAAGCUUGUUACUCAGGUCAUCAAAAACCUGCAGGUUAAGAUCGCAAACAUCCAUGUUCGCUAUGAAGACAAUGUCACCAAUCCAAAAUGUCCUUUGUCAUUUGGGGUGUCUCUCAAAAAUCUUAGCCUUCAGACUUCUGAUAAGAACUGGAAGCCAAGUCUCCUGGAUGAGAACGCAAGGCUUUUUUUUAAGUUGGUGAAACUAGAGAACUUGUUUGCUUAUUGGAAUGUAAACUCAGUGCUUUUCUCCACUCAAAGUGCAGAAGAGGCUUUGCGUUCUCUUGAAAACAGCAUGACAAUCCAGAAGUCUCCUGCUGCUAACCAUGACUUUAUCAUUCGACCCAUCUCGGCUGAUGCUAAACUGAAGAUGAAUCCCAGGUCGGAUGUGGAUUUUUCUUCUCCUAAAGUGGACCUGAUGGUAAAUCUGAGUGAGGUAGCCAUUGAACUGAACAAACCCCAGUACAUCAGCAUUUUGGAGCUGCUAGACUCUGUGGAUAUGAUGUCACGCAAUCUGCCAUACAGGAAAUACAAACCUGUGGUCCAAGUUCACCAGAAUGCUGGCACAUGGUGGAAAUAUUGUAUCACAAGCAUACUUGAGGUCAACGUAAAACCCCAUCUUCACAUGUGGUCAUGGCAACACAUCCGUCGACACCGGGCAACUGUACAAUGUUACAAAGAGUUCUACAAGACAAAAAUCACUUGCAAGAAACCCAGUGACAAUCUUCUCAAGGAUCUAGAGAACACAGAAAAGGCCUUGGAUAUUUUCAACAUUACUUUGGCCAGACGGCAGGCUGAAGUAGAGGCAAGCAAGGCAGGGCUGCGGAUUUAUCGUCCAGGAGUGAAGAUGGAGGAAGAGGAGUCUCAGGGCUGGUUCAGUUGGGUGUGGAACUGGGGAGGAGAAGCUGAAUCACAAGCAAAAGUGACCAAUGCUGGAGGUUUUGAUGGGCUCUUGACUCCUGCAGAGAAAGCCAAACUCUACACUGCCAUUGGCUACAGUGAAACUGCUGCUAAUCCUAAUUUGCCUAAGAAAUUUGAGGACAUGAAGGUCAAUUUCCACAUGGAAAGACUGUGUGUAUCCAUUAAAGAUGAGAAAGACAAAAAUGAGGUCAUGAGGCUGACUGUCGGGGAGCUCAAGUCUACACUCACUCAAAGACCUGGAGCACAAGCCAUCAAGAUAACAGCUGAGCUUAGUUUGUUUGAAGUCACUGGUCUGGCCAGUAACAGGCCUGCACCAACGCUCCUUUCAUCAAGGAGGGCAGCCACAAAAACAGGGACACCUCUUCUCAUCAUUCUGUUUGAAACCAAUCCACUGGAUGAAAGUGCUGACCAGAGAUUUCAUGUCUCAUCUCAGCCACUGGAAAUCAUCUAUGAUGCUUUAACUGUAAACAGUGUGUCAGAAUUCUUCAGACUUCCAGAUGACGUGCAGCUUAAUGAGUUUACCAAGGCAACACUAAUGAAACUGGAGCAAUUUAAAGAUCGCACAGCCACAGGUUUACUGUAUGUGAUUGAAACACAGAAAGUUCUCGACCUGAAGGUAAACCUCAUGGCCUCCUACGUCAUCGUUCCACAGAGUGGCUUUUACGAUGGAACACAGAACAUUUUGCUGUUGGAUCUUGGUCAUUUUAAGAUGGCCAGUCAGAGCAAAGAGAAUUUGCCACAGCUGACCCCAUGUCCCAGUAACAUUGAAGCGAUCAUGUCCAGAGCAUACGACACCUUUGAUGUGCAGCUCAGCUCCCUCCAAUUCCUGUACAGCAAACCAGGUGGGGACUGGAAAAAGGCUCGUAAACAAAAGCAAUCACCGCUCCACAUCCUGGAGCCCGUCGACGUGAAUGUGGAUUUCAGCAGAGCGAUGGUUGUCAAAGAUUCCCGCAUGCCAAAAUAUAAAGUACUUGGAGAACUUCCUCUGCUGUCCCUCAGAAUUUCUGAUAUUAAACUUCGAAAUGUUCUGGAGCUGGUUGAUAGUAUCCCACUGCCUGAGAGCAAACCCUCUGCUCACAACACUGCUCCAUCUUCCACUCAAAAGCCAAAGAAGUCUUUUACCCCUCAGCUCGCUUUCAAAAGACCUCCUCUUUUACCUGACCAGCGCUCUUCUCUUUUUUUUGAGUCAUGUGAGACCAUCAGCUUAACAUCAUUGGGCUCAGAGGAAGAUUUGUUCUACGAUGCUCCCAGUUCUCCUGUUGGGGAUGACUCCUUCUUCCCAGACAAUCCCCUGCCACUGCGCUAUGUUGAUUCAAGAAAUAGAAGAAGCUUGAUAAAGGAAGACGUGCAGAAGAACAUGACGGAGUUCUUAAUGACAUUUCUGAUAAACGAGUUUUCAGUCCAACUUUGUCGAAUGUCUGAGGGACAGGAAGUUACAGUUCUCCAUUUGGACAUUGAAGGUUUGGGUACUGAGCUGCAGUUACGCACUUUCGACAUGACAUCUAACACAUACCUGCGAGAGAUCUGCCUGACGUGUCCUGAAUAUGUGGAUAUGGAACAGAAGCAAGUUCAGCUGAUCACCACUCUUGACAACUCUGAAGAUGACCUGCUUACCUUGGAAUAUAUCAAAGCUGAUAAAAACGGCCCAGAGUUUAAGUCUCUUCAUAAUAAUACAGAACAGAUGAUCAAGGUGACAUUUUCAUCCCUGGACGUCCAUCUCCAUACAGAGGCUCUCCUCAACACCAUCAACUUCCUCAGUAACCUCCUUCCUCCUUCAACAAAGACGAAUGAAGUGUUGGAGGCGGAGGGAGAAGAAGAAAGGGAGGGAGAGAAAAAAGGAGAAGCUCUUGCAGGUUCAAAAAAGUCCAAGUUUGCAGAUGUUGUUAAUAUGCACAUCAGAGCGGAUCUCCGAUGCUUGAAAGUGUUCCUACGAGGACAGAAAGCCAGGAUCUCGGAGAUCAGAGUUGAAGGUCUGGUUUCUGAGGUCUUACAGAGGAAGAAGAUGAUGGAGGUUUCAGCCAAUCUAAAGAACAUUGUAGUUUUGGACUGCAACAAAGAGGCCUCUUACAAGAAGGCAGUGUCUAUUGCAGACAAAGAAGUGUUUGCCUUCCGAAUGUUGAAUUAUACUGACGCAACAGAAGGCGAUGGCUAUCUAAACAUGUCUAAUGUUGACACUUCUGUGACUCUGACAGUGGGGUGCAUUCAAGUGAUCUUCCUCAACAAGUUUCUUGACUCGAUACUGGCAUUUAUAAAUAAUUUCCAAAUGGCUAAAGAAGCCAUAGCUGAGGUAACGGUCCAAGCGGCAGAGAAAGCAGCUUCAGGUGUGAAGGAGCUUUCUGAGCGGAGCACACGGAUCUCUCUUGAGGUCCACUUCAAUGCACCUGUCAUCUUCCUUCCCCAGUCCUCUUCCUCUUCCAAUGUCAUUGUAGCUGAUCUUGGCAAGCUGUCUGUCAAAAAUCGAUUUGUCAAGCAGCCAUUCAAAAGUGACUCUACAAUUCCACCUGUUGUGGAUAAAAUGACAGUGAAACUGUCUGACCUCAAGAUGUACAGAACAACUUACAUAAGUGGGAUUUUUAAGGGAGAGAGUCAACUUUUAAAACCUGUCAGCUUAGAUCUGGAAAUCCAGAGAAAUCUUUCAUCCAACUGGUACCACAACAUCCCUGACAUAGAGAUCUCUGCUCAUCUGAAGCCCAUGAGUUUGAUACUCUGCCAGGAUGACAUGAUUGUGGUCUUAAGGACUCUUGGAGAGAACCUGUCAGAGAAGUCCGACGCAGUUUCACCUUUACCUGAUUUGCCCUCUGCUAAAGAGUCCCAGAACUCUGGAGCCUCUGGAUCUGAUAGCAGUAACAUUGUGGUGACAGCAGCUGUUGUGGAGACCCAAAAAUACGUCAAGCUCAAAACAACACUCAAGUUAGAAUUCAAGUUUGACUCCAUGACAGUGGUCCUGCACAGUCCUAACAAGAAUGAGAUGGAAAUGUUGGACCUUCAUCACGAGCAGCUGAAGCUGGCAGAGUUCACUCUGGGCACCAUCUCCACUUCUGUUCAAAUGUUCUCAGACAGCUCCAUGAAAGCCUUUGUCCAACUCACUGCCUGCCAGCUGGAUGACAAGAGACCAAGUAUCAAGAUGGUCACCUCAAGAAUGGUGGCAAUGCGUCCUGGAGCAGAGCAGAACACGAUGAUGGAGGUGAACUAUCGACAAGGGCAUGAUGGCACAACGAUAGACACAGUGGUUCAGGACCUGUAUCUAUGUGCCAGCAUGGAGUUCCUCCUCACAGUGGCAGAUGUAUUUCUCAAAGCCACCCAGCAGGGUUUUGCUCAGGGGCCACAGGCCAAGAGCACAGCUGGUGCUCGAGAAAAAAAGAACAUUAACUCAUCUGUUGCUUCCAAAGACUCUGGAACAUCUCCAGUGUCAAAGACGGAGAUGAAUGUUGUGGUGCGAAACCCAGAGAUUGUUUUUGUGGCUGACCUGUCUCGUGCUGAUGCUCCAGCCCUGGUUAUGACAACACAAUGUGAAUUAGAUAUGAAAAAUGGUGCAGAUGGACAGAUGAUGACUGCAAUUAUCAAAGACUUACAGGUUAUGGCCUGUCCCUUUUUAACAUCAAAGAGAGGGAACAAUAUGACCACUGUUCUGCAACCUUGUCAAGUGUUUUUUCAAAGCUCUCAGCAUCCAGACGCACCUCAGGUCAUGGAGGUCUCCAUCAAUGCCCUCUCACUGAAGGUAUCUCCUAUUAUCAUCAAUACAGUGAUUACUAUCCAGUCAGCUCUGACUCCUACGACAGAGACACAUGAGGAGGAGCGCAGUCUUGUUCCAGUGAAGCUCUGGGAGAAGCAGAGCUGGAAAGAGCUCAAAAUGUGGUUCUUGGAAGAGAAUAGUGAUGAAGACACAAAGUCUUUGGUUCCACUAAUACCGAAAGGAGAGUCGCUACAGGUGACUAUAAACUCCAUCUGUCUGACCCUGGAGGCUGGAGUGGGGCACCAUACAGUCCCCAUGCUUCUAGCCAAGUCCUCCUUUGAUGGAAAUGUGAAAAAUUGGACCACACUCAUAAACUUGAAAAGCAAAUUUGACUUGGAGGUUCACUAUUACAAUGAGAUGAUGGGAGUGUGGGAGCCUCUUCUGGAGCCGCUAGAAGAUGAGACGGGGGAAGAUUUCAGACCAUGGACACUUGAGCUGAAGAUGAAAAAGAAGCCAUUUAAAAAGAAGCCAAUUGGAAAUGAGCCAAUGAAUUUGUCUGACAUUGCAGAUGAGGUGGAUUUUAAUCUCCCAGACUAUAAAACAGUCAUUGUCUUCAACAGUAAAGACCAGCUCAACAUCACUCUAACAAAUUGUGGGCUGUCCAUGCUGAGUAAUCUUGGCAAAGCAUUUUCAGAGGCUGCCAAACAGACCGCAGACAGUUUCCAAAAGGAUGAAGCUCCGUUUGUGGUAAAAAAUAUGCUUGGCCUGCCAGUAUCUCUCCAACUCAGCAAGAGGUUUCAUUUGGUUGGCAAGCAAACCACCAACAACGCAGUGACACUGCAGAGUGAUGAAACCUUGAGGAUGAACUAUUCUUCCAGACCUGACUCUGACCAGUUUUCAGCCAUGAUCUCAUUGAGUGAAAAAGACUACUACAUACAGCCUACUCCUGUGGGCCACACAUCUACCAGUGUGAUCCCUCUGAUUAAGGUGGGCCGUGGAAUGUACAGUGUGAUGCACAAAGACUCGAGGGUUACCCGUUUCUUGGUCUGUCAGAUUUCCUCUGUGGACGGAAGCAAAAUUGUGAAAAUACGUUCUCCAUUCCAGAUUAUCAAUCAUUUCUCAAUCCCAUUUAAAGUUUUUGACGAUUCUGCUUGUCUGGGAAUAGCGUUGCCUAAUGAGGAGUUCUGUGUGCCUCUGGAUUCAUACAGGUCUGUACUGAGUCUUCAGCCAGUAACUGAAGGUGAUUCUGGUCUGCAGAGGGAGGAGUUUGAGUGUUCUGAGGGGUUCAGCUAUGAAGAUUCCAACAACCCUCACUUUCAGCAGACAUGCUGUCACCAUGGGGAUCAGGGGGUUAAAAUAAUAGUCAACAUUGUGCCAGUAAAGGAUACAGUGACAUUCAAAAACACUGGAGAUGCGGGUGAGAACUAUGAUGUUCCUUUUGUGCUUCACCUGUGGCCUUCCGUCCUGCUUCACAACCAGCUGCCCUACCAAAUCACCUACAGGCUGAAGGAAACUGGCGUUUCUGCCCCUGAAGCUAUUCUGAAACCAGGUCACUCUACUCAGCUUCACACUGCCGUCAUCAACCAGUCACAACUGGAACUACGUCUAAUCGACUACUUGUCUCAGGAUUGGUCCUCUGAAUACAGUAUCAGCAGUAACCAGGAGGAAAUCUCCUUCAUCGUAUUCCAGUCUCUUAAAGAAGAGGAAGAUGAGUAUGUAGAGGGGACAGAGAGGAAGAAGGCCGAGUUGGACAUAGCAGUGCAUGUAAAGGAUGAUUCUGGACACACAGCCAUUGCAAUACAUUCCCCAUACUGGAUGAUGAAUAAGACCGGCAGAUUGCUGCAGUACAACGCUGAUGAUAUUCAUCAUAAACAUGCAUUCACCAAAAACAACGACAUGCCCCUGCUCUUCUCCUUUAAACCUCGACACUUCCUGCGAAACAAUAAGGUUCGUCUUAUGAUCUCAGAAAGUGAACUGUCAGAUGAGUUCUCCCUGGACACAGUUGGUAGCCAUGGAAAAGUGAAAUGUAAAGGCAUACACAAAGAUUACCUGGUUGGUGUUAAGAUCAAUGCCAGCAGUUUCAGUCUUACCCGCAUUGUGACCUUUGUGCCAUUUUACACGCUGGUCAACAAAACCAAGUACAAAAUCUUCAUUUGUGAGGAUGAAGGAGACACCUGGACAGAGAUCAAUCCAGAACAGCCAGCCACCCCAUUCUGGCCUGAAAAUGGUACGAAGAAGCUAAAGAUCAAAGUAGAUGGUUGUUUGACUCCUCCACUAAAAGUUGACUUUACACGACAAGAGAACUCCCUGCUGCUGCAUCUGAAUGACUCUUUGGGCGGCAUCAUUGUGGAUGUGAAUCUGUCGGAGCACUUAGUCACAAUCCAAUUCUCAGAGUAUCGGGACGGUUCAGCCCCCUUUCUUAUCAUCAACCAUACCAACGAUCAAACUCUUUAUUUCAACCAAAGCUCUCAGAAGGAGAUUGAAAAGGAGGAGCUGGAGGCUGGGAAAGCAGUGUACUACACCUGGACUGAUCCCACUGGUUCCCGCGAGCUUUGCUGGACAUGUGGCCCUUACAGUGGAACUCUGAAGACUGAAGAGGACCUACAUGACGACAUGAAAGAUGAGCGGAAACUUUUUGUAAUUUCCUUUUUUGAAGGUCUCCAGCGUGUUGUGGUGUUCACUGAGGAUCAGGACAUCUACAAUCUGCUUGGUGAGAGUGAGAAAAUCCAGGCAGCAGAGCAAGAAAUCAUCCUGCUGCUGCAGAACGUGGGCGUUUCUCUGGUCAACAACACCACCAGCCAAGAGGUUUCCUUUAUUGGCAUCACCUGUUCUGAUGUGGUGUGGGAGUCCCAGCCCAGGAAGAAGAAGCGCUGGAAAAUUUUAAACAUUAAAGAAGGAGACAUGCUGGAAAAACACUUCAAAGAGUACAUCAAUUCUAGUCCAAUUGAGGACGCCAUUGUGGAACUAGAAAACAACUAUAAGGUCCGCUUUACAUCCAAUGGCGUGGACAUGCGCAUGUUGCAGCCCUUUGAUGCUCCUCUGAGGAGGCACUUUCUGCCAGGGAUUAAAGUGGAAUACAGCAUCUCGCCACGGCAGAGUACCUACCGCGUGAAAAUCCAUCGCAUCCAGAUUCAGAAUCAGAUGCAGAGUGCCAUCUUCCCUUACGUCUUCUACCCUGUGAAACUGCCAAAGUCCAUCACAAUGGACUCAGAACCAAAACCUCUAAUUGACAUAUGCAUUGUUACCAGAGCAGCAGGACACUCCGAAAUACCUCGCAUUAAGUACUUCAAAGUUCUGAUUCAAGAAAUGGACCUGAAGCUUGAUCUGGGUUUCCUCUAUUCCAUUUUUGACUUGGUCAACCCUGAAAACACCACGAGCAUGAGUCCAGCAGAGGAGGUGGAACUGUUUGAGAAGGACAUAGAGUAUAUAAAAACAGAUCUGAACGAUGUAUCUGCUGCUGAUACAUCUCCCAUCAGCCUCUACGAGUUCUUCCACAUUUCACCCAUCAAGCUGCAUUUCAGUUUUUCUCUGAGUUCGGGAGGAGAAGAUGGCUCAAAAGAGAAAAGAGCCACAGAAGUCAUUCCUGUUCAGUCUCUCAACCUCCUGCUGAAGAGUAUUGGAGCCACUCUCACUGAUGUGCAGGACGUCGUCUUUAAACUGCCUGCAUUUGAGUUGAAAUUCCAGUUUUGUACAACUCAGCAGCUGCAGUGGAAAGUCAUCAGACAUUAUUCCAAGCAGGCUAUUAAACAGGCAUAUGUACUUGUGUUGGGCCUGGAUGUUCUUGGAAACCCCUUUGCACUGAUCAGAGGACUGUCUGAGGGUGUGGAGGCCUUCUUUUAUGAACCCUAUCAGGGAGCAAUCCGGGGCCCUGAGGAGUUUGUAGAAGGAAUGGCUCUUGGUGCCAAAGUCUUUGUUGACAAAGCUGUGGGAGGUUUAGCGGGUGCAGCCUUCAAGAUGACAGGUGCGAUGGCGAAAGGCAUUGCUGCAAUCACCAUGGAUGAAGAUUAUCAGCAAAAAAGACGAGAAGCCAUUAACAGACAGCCCAGUGGCCUAAAAGAGGGGCUGGCCCGGGGUGGAAAAGGACUGGUUUCUGGAUUUGUCAGCGGCAUCACAGGGAUUGUUACCAAGCCUAUUAAAGGAGCUCAGAAAGAAGGUGCUGUAGGGUUCUUCAAGGGUUGUGGCCAAGGUCUGGUUGGCGCCAUAGCUCGCCCUACAGGCGGCAUUGUCGACAUGGCCAGCAGCACGUUCCAAGGGAUCAAGAGGGCAGCAGAGGCAUCCCAAAAUGUGGAGUCUUUGCGUCCACCUCGUUUCAUUCAUGAGGACGGCGUCAUACGGCCGUACAAAGCCAGAGAGGCCAACGGGAGCCAGAUGCUUCAGAAAAUUGAGAAUGGACGCUUUGCGAAAUACAGAUACUUUGCUCACGCUAACAUCAAUGAGUCUGACUUUCUCAUGAUCACCAAGAGGGGAAUCUUUUUUGUGACCAGAGGCACGUUUGGUCAGCUGACCUGUGAGUGGCAGUACCUUUUUGAGGAAUUCACGAUGGACCCAAGGAUCGACGGGGGACGGCGGCUUCGCAUCGAGGCCAAGGAAAGAGUCAAAUCUGUUUUUCAUGCUAAAGAAUUUGGAAAAAUCAUAAACUUCAGAACUCCUGAGGUUGCAAACUGGGUUCUUGAGAAAUUAAAGGAUGCCAGAGACAGUUUAUCCAAAUACUGACUCCUGGAGAAGAAGGAAAAAUGCUUUACAUGCACCUGAUGUGUGCGCUCCAGUGCCUUUGCUCUUUACUGCAUGCCUCCCCUAUAUUUACCUCCAUGUAUGAUCAGUCCACAAAAUAUGCUGCAUGUUUACUUUUUGUAAAAGAUGGGGACGAUUGUGUGCAUUUUAAGAAAAAGUGCUAAAAAAGUUUCAUAAAAUUAGGAGCACUUGAACGAAACUUUCUUUCAUGGCACUUGUACGUUUUGCACAAAUAUGUUUAAUGUGUUGGUAAUUAUAAAGAAAUAAACUAAUUCUGUCAUUAAAUUAUCAUCUUUAUCGGUUUAUUAGCUCAUAGAGGAAGACUGAGGCCCAACUAACUACAACUGUAGCACAUUAAACGCCAAACCUUAUAUUUGACUGGAUUGUCUAUAAGGGACACAUUUAAAUAAAUGCAAUUAUAACUGUU